GCCCCGCUUCUCCUCUCACGCCAGCCCCUCCCUCCUCAAACCACGCCUCACCCUACCGCUCCUCGCCCCGCCCUCUCCUCAAGGUAAAGCGGAGGUUACCAUAGCUACGGUGCACACAACAGCAAGCCUACCAAGUUGGUCCCCCGCUGGUGGGACGGAAGAGGUGGCACCAUGAGCCACGUAGUGACUAUCGAGGAGCCCUUGACCAAGACCCAGGUGUCUCAAACCCGGAGUGGGGUGAAGUCGGAGGCAUGGGGUAACGUGUCCUCCAGUCGAACGUAUGAUUUCCUUUACGAUCCGUUGUUUAUUGUGUCAAGUGAGAAAGACCACAAACAGGAAAAUAUCCAAGCCAUCCUGAGUCGAAGCAGACUGAGAAAAGUCCCCAGGUUUAGAACCAUGUUCAGUAACCUGAUCCAUUACCCAAGAUAUUCUCUAUAUUGGAGCAAGGCAGAUCCUGUCCCACCAUUCAUCAGUCGGGAAUGGAAGGGACACGAAGAGAAACACAGAGAAACUCUCCGGCAACUUGCUGCAACUGACAGUUCUUUUCAGAUGCCCAAAGAAGUUUAUGAAGAUCCCGAAGUUACUGGAAAGAAUCGUUAUAAAUAUUUUGAAAGGCCUUUCCUUCCGUUCUAUCAACAGAUGCCACUCAAUGUUGUUUUUGCAGCAACUAAAAUGGAGCCAUUUGCUUUUCCUCUUGCUUCCACUAAGUACCCACCUAUCCUUUCAAAGUACACUGUGGGCACUCAGACUGAUUAUCGUGAUGCCGAUGUUCAAACAGAUCCAUAUUCUCCUGAAUAUGUAGUAUAUCAAGAUUCAAUUCCUGAGCUUUUGACCUUGGCUACUCUGACUUGGGGUCGAGGUCUCCCGGCAGGACAAGCGGAGGUAGAAAUGAUAGAACGUGCCCGGGAGAAGCGUGCUUGGGAAGCCACUCUUCCCUCUCUGAGUGACACUUCCCAGUUUGAGAACAGGAGGAAGAUGAUGGAUGCGAUGGAGAGGAAGGAGUGGGCCUUCAGAGAGCAAGAGAUUGAAAAACUACAGGAGAUUCGCCUGGAAGUUCUAAAAGAACUGCUGAAGAAACGUGAUGAGAAUCAAAACGAAGUGAACAUGAGGCACUUGAAUGCCCAAUGGUUUAAAUUGCAGGAAGCAAAGGAGGCAAGAUUGGCACAGAUUCAACGCGCUUAUGUAUCAGCAAUUAGAAAACUUGUGGGAAAGAGAAAGAAUAUAGAAGGGAAGUUGGAGAGAAGAAAUAUCAUCAAGGAUUAUUCUGAUUAUGCAUCACAGGUCUAUGGACCUCUAUCUCGCCUUGGUCGUUUCCCAGAUAACAACUCAGAGGACUUUGUAGUAAAAAACCACUAUCUCAACACCUAUGAAGGAUUAGUCGAACUUGAGUCAUGUCUCCCAGAUUUUGUGACACAGCCUCGAAUCAGACCUCCAAAACCAAAAGUCAUUACCACCAAAGCUGGUUUUCUAAAGAGAGCAGCAAGGAUGGAAUAUGAGUUGGCAGAAGUUCAUAAGGCACUGUUGGAUAAGAAGAAUAAGGUUCUUGAACCAAAGAAACCUCUGCUCUUUCUCCAAAAAAAACCAGUACCUCAACCUCGGCUUCCAACUCCAACCUUGGAAAUGACUUCCAAUGAAGAAGAAGAUAUGGAAAUGGCUGUUAUCUACCUACAAAAGUUACUCCGGGGCAGAGCUGUUCAGAACAUGAUGUUUGAAGGGAAAGAAAAGCGUCUGGAGUUGAUCCAGGAGCUGCGCACCACCCAUGCACUACAAGAAGAUGACAGGCUGGUGAAGAAAGCUGAGAAGCAAGUGACUUUGGCCUUACAGCGGCAGAGGAACUUGCAUGACCACAAGGUGGUGAAAGUUCAUCAAAGUACUAUAACUUCCUAUCUGGAAAAUAUAAUACUGAAAACCGAAGAGAAUACUGCAGAGGAACAAGCCAGGGCGGAAAUUGAGAGGAUGGCUAAGAAAAUCAAUGACAUUGCUUAUGAAAUGGAAAGCCGUCGAACUCAGCUUCAAUCAGAGGAAAUUGUUGCCGAGUUGGUUUAUAGUUUCCUGAUCCCAGAGGUGCAAAAGGACUUUGUCAAAGAAAAAGUGAGGAAUGCACAGCGGAAGCAUAUUCUUGCAGCUCAUCAGAUCAUCCACAGGCACACAGAAGCCAUGGUCAAAAGGAAUUUUGCUGAGCAACAGCAAGUGGACACCUCAGACACUGACACAUUAUCUAAGGAAGAAACUCAAAAUGAGAAAGACAGCUAAGAUUAUGACCUUUUUUUUAAAGAAGCUGUACAAAUCAUCAUAAAUAAUUCCAGUAGUCUGUGCUUCUCCCAAGAUGUGCACCUCUUAUGGGCUUGUCAAUGUGCGAUUCAUAAGGAAGGAGAUUUAUUUUUCAUAAACUCCAAUAAUUUAAAAAUGAUUUUCAGUAUUAAUAAUCAAAUGAAGGAGAUUUAUUCUCUUUAG